AAGUCACAUGAGUUCAAGACUAAGAUACAAAGCAACGGUUGGCUGCACACCAAAAUUAUGGGAAUGGGAGCACAUGGGAGGAUAGCCUGUCCUAAGAUUACACGAUUUUGCGCUUUAAAUCGCACAAUUUUACGCAUAUCAAAUGUAAGUGGCUCUUCGCUCUAACUGGGCAAAUUACUGAGGGGAAACAAAUCCGAACCGUACUCUAACCCUCUUGCCUAGUUAAAUAAAGGUUAAAUUACUAAAAUGAACCCGCUUAGUAGUGGGGGUGGGGUGGGUGAUCUCCAUGGUUGCUAAGGGCAACGGGUGAGAUAGAUGGUCUGUAUUUGCGGAGCCGCAGCUGCGCGUCUGUUAAUACCAACGCGACCCUCACGUCCCCGCGCAAUUCUCCACACUGGGUUGGCUGCUUCAAGGCAUGAGGAUGCGAGCAGGGAUUUAGUUUGUGUCUUUUCCCGUCUGGAGCAGUUUAUUACCUUUCUCCCGCACACAGAAACGGAUUUAGCCACACGAAACAAGGUUCGUGGCCCCCAUUUUCACCACGGAAUAUGAUGCAGAGGUCCUACUCUCCGAAGGGAAGUUGGAUGGGAAUACUGCCAUACGUGUCAGCUCGUGAUCAAUGAACUCAGUCCAUUCAAGCACAAACGGAACUAACCUGAACUACUGAAGAAAAAGAGGGUAUAUAACGACACAGACAACUUUUUGCGGAUAUGGCGGCGACAGAUGCAUGUGCAGCACCUGUACAGGAAGAUGGCACCACCACCACCGAGACCAAAACAGAGGUGGAGCCCACAAACUCAGACACUGUCACAGAGGCUGUCACGUCUCCACCCGAAGAGGUACAACCUGCCGGAGAGACCACAGAGAGCACAGAGCAGCCGGCCGAUGGCAAAGCUAAACAGGCCUCUGAGAAUAUUUUCUCUUCCUUCCUGAAUAAGAGUGGACUGGGAAAAGUCAUGGGAGGGAAGAAGAAGAAGGAGCAGAGCACUGAGGCUGUGGAGGCUAAUGGAGAGGGCAACACAGAGCAGAAAAAGGCCUCUGCCCAAGCAGAAGAGCCGGCAGCCAAUGGCACAGAGGCAGAGGACCAGGCCAAUGAGAAAGUGCCGGAGAACCAGGUGAAGGUCCGAUCCAAAUCCUUGGACAGGUUAGAGGACCCUGAGGCCCUCAAUGCCACAGUGGACACAUUGGAAGAUGCCCCGGCAGCAGAAGAGUCAGAGAAGCCUGCCUCUAGUGCAGCGACCAAACACAUGAAACGCUGGCAUUCCUUUAAGAAGCUUAUGGCCCAGAAGAGUCACAAGAAGAGCACAGAAGAGUCUAAGGACGCUGAGGGCAGCGAGGGUGCAUCUGGGGGCACACCUGGUGACACAAGUACACUGGACUCCAAGGCUUCAGAAUCCAGUGGCCAGAAACAGUGGAAACUGAAAAGGUCAUGGACAUUCCAGGGGCUGAAGAGAGACCCGUCAGUCGUAGGCAUCAGCAAAGCCGAUAAGAGCGAGAAGGUGGAAGGGGAGGAAAACCCCACAGAGAACGAUGAAGCGGCUGCGCCUGAAACAGACGAAGCCAAGGCACAGGUAGACGGUGAAACACAGGAGAAGACCAACACAGGCGGAGAGGAGGAAAAAGGAGCCACCGCCGCCCCACACAAAUCAAUGAACCAACAUGCAGAUGAGAUCUGGACCUCCUUCAAGAAACGCGUGAUCCCCAAGUCCAAGCGGUCAGCAGACACGGUGGCUGCCAGCGGGGAGGAGGAAGGUGCUGCCGCAUCUGAACUGGCUGAGCAGACGGAAGAGGCAGGCAAAGAGCAGGCCAAGUCGGCCAAGACCAAGCGAACGCACUUCAACCGUGCCGUUUCGCUGAAAAACUUCAUCAUGAGAAAGGGGAAGAGCACCAGCGUGGACCAGGGAGAUGGAGCUCCGAAAGAGGGUGAGGAGGCAGAAGACGGGGAGACGAAGAACACAGAGGGCGCGGCUGCCCCAGCUGGCACGUCUGACAGCCGGCAGGGAGAAGAGGAUGCUGCCCAGGGCGAGAACAACGACAAAGGAGAGGUUCAGGUGGUCAAUGAGCACACAGCCGCCGACGGAGAGGCAAAGGAGCCCACAACGAACACACUGUCUGGUCCUGAGCCAGAGAAGGCCAACUCAGCUAAGCCUGCAGCACCAGCAGAGCCCGUGGCAGAGGUGAAAAUCAACGGUGAGAAUGGGUGCUCGAAUGGCACGCCCGAAGAAGACGCCAUACACAAUCAUGAAACGACCCCGAAGAAAGACGGACCAACAGACGAGGCCAAACAAGAAAACACAAACUCCAUGAAGGACGCGAAGACGCUGAACCUCGGUACAGGAAAUGCAGUUGCCCAAAUUGAGAAAAAGGCGGGAAACGUGUGACGACACACAAAGAGGAUUAGAUCUGCAUGGGAUUCGUUCAGCAAGGAGCUUUGAUCCCCCCCCCCCCCCCCCCCCAACGGAGUAAUCACAUGUUUUUCGCCACGAUUCUUCAUGGUGAGAGCGAUGCAAUCCAUAUAGAUGAAAAAAUACUCAAAAGCAAUAAAUCAGUCAUCAAUCAGCGCAGUUCUUGCUUACCAUUCCAUGAUCAAUGUAAAUGUUUUGCUUGUCCUCUACUAGUGAGAUUUUAUAUUGUCAGCAGAAGGGAAGACAUUCCAUCCUUGUCAAAUGUUCAUCUCUAUGAUCUCUCAUUCCAGGAUCAAAAAUACUUAGUUUUAUAUCAAUUGCCAUUUUUGUUUGUAGUUUUGUCAAUAGAUAUUUCAAAGUGCACAUUUGAAAUGAUUGCCCUAAAGACUGCCCCCACCCACCCCCAAUGUGGAUUCCUUAAUUAAGUCAUGUGUUUUAAUCUCUUUCUGUGUUGUUUUUAGACUGUUGUGUACAUGAAUAAACCACCAUAAAAUAUGAA